AAAGUCUAAUGGAGAAGAACAAAACAGAGCUUCAAAGAAUAGCACAGGUUCCAAACGAAAAUCAUCUAGUAGAAGCAGGGCUGCAACAUCAUCAACUGAAGAUGCUUUCUUGAGAGGAGCAAGAGUUUUGUCUGCGCCUGUCAACUUUGAAGAAUUCCUGAAAAUGCCAAAAUUUAACCUUACUGACUUAGAGGCCAUUUUUGGUGGGCCAAACUUCAUACAGUUUGACAAGGAAGGAAUUAGUGAGGAGCAGACUGAAACAGAUAUAAGGAACAUGGAGGGGCGGUUGAAGAUGUCAGCUCAGCAAGUAAAAGAAUUGCUACUGGGAUCUCAAAGAGGCUUUGAAAGAUUUCGUGAAUUCCUUCAAGGAACAACUGGAGAGCACCUACUGGCUUUUUGGCUUGAGUGUGAGAAUUUUAAGGACAGCAUGGAGGAUCUCAGUGAAAGUGAAGUAAUGGAGAUCAGACCUAUGUUCUUCAGAAAUAUCCAGGAUAAAUUCAAGCUGAAACUGACAGCUGAUGCAGUGGAACAGAUAAACAGAGCUGCAAGCAACAAUGGGCUCAGUUACAAUAUAUUUCUCAGGGCACAGUAUGAUGUACUCAGGCGGCUUAGAGCCUACUGGGUACCCAGGUUUAUCAUUCACUGUGAGAUGACAAAGAAUAAUCAGCUGCCAUCUUGGCCAUCUAUAUCACUUGUGCAUUCUGUACCAGUAUUGCCUGAAGAUAUCAAAGAUUAUGCCAAUAAACUGCCA